AUGGCCACUUCAUCGUGCAGCUUCGAGGAGAGAUGGUCCACUGAGCUCUGCGGAGGGCGUUUGUAUCACUUCUCCUGGCUAGGGGAUCGUCUCGUUCGGGUGUGGACGCCCCCGGGCUGGAGCAAAGGGAAAGUUGCGAAAGCUUUGUGGCUCAACGAUGGUCAAAACCUGUUCCGAGAUGAAGAGGCCUUUGGUGGUGCUUCCUGGGGUGCGGCUGGUACGGUGGCACACCUCAUUAGCUGUGGGGCGAUCCCUGAAAUUCUUGUUCUGGGCAUUGACCAUUCCGGGAGGAUGAGGACGUUCGACUAUCUGUCAGCGCCGCCGACUGGCUGGGACGCACCCUGGGGCAAGGGAAUGAGAGGUGACAUGUGGGACGCACCUGGGGGAGGAGUUGAUGCCUACAUGGAGAUGUUAUUUAGUGACGUAAUCCCAUGGGCGCAACACCAUUUUGGAUUGUCUGAGGCACCUGAAGAUCAGGUCUUUGGCGGGUCUUCUUUUGGCGGUAUCUGCGCGCUUUACAUGGCGAGAAGUUACCCUCGCGCUUUCGCCGGCUUCCUCGUAGAGUCACCUUCUUUCUGGGCGGGUAACGGCCGCUUUAUGGAAGACAUGAAGACAUGGCAAUCGAACAAGAUAUACCCGGAUCGCAUGUAUUUGGCCAUGGGUGAGUUCGAGUACACAGGAUUUCGUGGAACUGACAGGCCAGGCAGCUUGGAAUGUGAUAAAUUCCUACGAGAGGCCUGUGAGGAAUGUGCAGGACAUCUUCGGCCUCACAUUGGCUCAGGCCUGCUUUCUAUGGUGGAGCCCGGUGGUCGGCAUAACGAGCGCGACUGGGGACGCCGCUUUCCCUGUGCACUGCGAUGGCUCUUUGGAAUACCGAGCUCAUCUCCCCACGCAAUUUGGACAAGGCCCUCUCCUCUGAGACCUGGACCCUUUGAGCUGUUCGUGCGCAGAGGGGUCGUGAAACUUCCCGACAGCAAGCGUUUCCAGGUGCAUCUUGGUUUCAAUGACUGGUCUUCUGGCGUGCAGACGUGCGACCUGCUCCCGUCUGGGAUCGGUCUUGCGGAAGGAGACGAGCCAGUUCUGGCUGCCCUCGGAUCUGUCCCAGACGGUGCUUCGGGCAUGAAGCUUGUCUUUACGAAUGGCGAUGCCUGGGACAACAACUCUGGCAAGGACUACUGCUUGGACGAUGCUGGCAAGGCAGCGCCAUGA